AUGUCCGCGCCCCGUCGCAACGGGCAACUGUCCUCCUGCGAGCCCUGCCGGAAAUCCAAGCUGCGAUGCGAUCACUCCACUCCGACAUGCCUACGAUGCACGCGGCGCGGGCGCUCGGAGCUGUGCGUGUACCAUCCCGCUCCGAUGACCAAGCCGCACGAGCCUGCGCGAGUCCUCAAGGCAACAGCAACAUCAUCAGCCAUCAAAAGAAAGACCAAGACGGCCAGUGCCAGCGCAAGUCCGCCCCAAAUGCUGGUGCCUGCGAAGUCGAUGGCGGCCUGGGCCUCGACCACCGCCUCCACCACGACACUGCUCGCCUCAGCACAGUUCCCCAAUCCGACGAAACGGCCGUUCUCCGGAACAGGAUUUCUCGGUCCGACCAGCUACUCCGGCGCAUUCAGCGCGGGAGACGAAGUCUCCGUCUCGGUGGAAUUAGAGCCUACCAACCAGUCCGCGCCGAAAUCAACCCCGAUCGAUCCGCAGCAAGUUGCACGCGGCGCGCAGGUCCUGUUUCUCCUCGAGAACCUCGAUUUCUACGAGGAGAUCAGCGAGAAGCGGUUCCUGCUCGCGCCGGGAUGGAUCCUGGGCCCGCCGCUUCUGCGCGGUUUGCUGGGGGUGCUCCGCAAGGUGUAUCGCAAUGCGACGCAGGGGUCCGAGGACAAGAACAAGUACGCCCGUCUGGCAGAUCUCUCGCGCGUGUUCUUCCGGAACACGGCUACGCCUAUCGAGACGCGCGCGGAGAUGCCCUUUGCAGAGUAUGUUGAUAUUGCGGCGCCGCGGUGGGAGACGGUCGGGCUGCUGUUUGCGUUCGUCGGGGCGGCGACGUAUCAGGUUCCGCAGCAUGAUCUGGGGCUGAAGCAUGCGGGGGAGACCAGCAAGGAGGGGCUGAGGCAUAUUGCCAUUCAGGCGAGUGAGGCGUGUUGGCAGUUUUGUAAUUCAUUAGGGACGAUCAGCGAUCCGCUGGCUUGGGCGCUGACGCAGCAUACCGUCUUUCUGUGCUGGAUGUAUGGGAGUAGCGACCACAGAACCUGGCAAAUGCUCGGCGAAAUCACGACGACCGUCUUCGCCCUCGGCCUCCACCAGCCCGACACAGACAGCAAGACGCCGUUCUUCCUGAGCGAAAUCCGAAAGAGGACGAUGGUCGGCGCCUACGCCCUCGACAAAGACAUCGCCACCUUCCUGGGGAGACCCCCCCGCAUCUGCUGGCGAUACUGCAACAUCCAGUAUCCGUUGGACAUGAGCUACGAGGAGAUCGUCGCGGAGCCGGCGAUCCGCGACAGGGCGAUCCAGCGUCUCGAUGCAGCGGGCUGGAACAGGGACGGACAUUCGAAUAAGGGCGCGCGUGCAAGAGGCGUUCUCAUCGCUACGAUUCACCAGGAAAAUGUCCUUGAGGUGUCGUUGAGUAACCAGCUGGAUGGGUUGGAGGAGAGGAUUGAGACCGUCUUCCGCAAAUCCGACGAAUUGCGUCAAACCCUCCCCCCUUUCUUCCGCUGGACGGAAGACACAGACGACAUCUACGUCAUGUGUCUACACAUCGACUUCAUCAACCACGAGUUCCUGCUCCUGCAGACGCUGUUCAAGCGAAUCGGCAAAGGACGGGACCGGCUGGUCGCCAAGUCGCGCGAGAUGAUCAACUUGCUGCUGCAGAUGGUCACGAUGGAGACGAGGUCCGGGAAGGUGCAACCUUCGAUUAUUAUGGAUCUCUGCUCCGCCGGCCUCCCCGCCGCAGGUGUCCUGUGCACCGAACUCCUGCGCCGCUCACAACCACAACCACAACCCCAACCCCAACUCCAGUCUCACCCCCAACCCCAAAUAGACACCACAUUCCCCUUCCCCCGCUCCGAAAUCAUCCAAAAGCUCAGCGUCUUCCUCGCCCAACUCACCACCUUCCUCCGCCAGCAAGAAGGCGACUACGAGAUCUGCGUCAAGGGGCAGAAGAUCAUCUCGCAGGUGCUGGACCGGGUCUUGGCGCCGCCAACACUGCCGGUGGAAAUGCCCGUCGACUCCGAGAACGGGCACGGGCUGUUGUUGGACGGUACGACUACGCUUGGUGAGGGCGAUGCGAUGGGCCAGGACGUGGAGUUUAUGGCGUUUUUGGAGAAUUUCGAUUGGGAGACGGAGAUGAGGUUGACGUUUGGGUAGUGGAUAUAUCACAUUUCAUGAAGGGCUGGGCUAGGCUAGUAUAUGGCUAACUAAAGUAAACUACUUAACCGUCAUCAUCAAGACGGAAGAUGAGAUGAUAUGACAUGACAUGAUAACGACAGCCUAGCCAUUCCACAAAUGCCUCUUCCCCUCUUCGAUGGAGAGCUAGCUAGCUACCUAGCUAGCAUAUAUGACAUAACCAAGUCCAAGUCCAAAACCAACAGGCUAAGUCUACCAUUAUAUUCUCCGCUUCGUGGUGUCCUGGCAGUCAACUCCUGGUGGGCUGUCGCUGUCGCUAUCGCUAACGCUGUCAGAAUGACGCAGUAAUGCUGCAGGAGAUGCGUACACACGUGGAGAAGUAUCUAUAAUAGAUCGUGUUGGUGUCAAACUUGGUUCUAUUAUGGCUAAACCUCGGAGGAGGCAUCUAAUGGGUAGUAUCAUAUGAU